GGGACCUGAUAGAGACCUCUUUACCUGCGGUAGACGGCACCAACAUGUCUCAUAAGCCUCAUUCAAUGGAUUCCUACCCGCAACUCAACUUUGAAGCCCGGGCUAAGCAUCUCAAUUCGAUCUAUGAUCGUUUGAAUCAGUUCAAGGGCGGACAUUUUAACGAUUUCAAUCUUGGCGCACUACUCACCACUCAUCGUCUUGAUGACCCGGCUCAUAUCUCUCUUCAAGUCUGGUCCGCACCCGGUCACUCCAAGCCGACUUUCGAAGAAGCCAAACGCCAGACCUAUCAGCCAACCCACAAAGGCCAGUCCUUUGGACCAUCAUGGACCAAUCACUGGUUCAAGGUGAUAAUCCACAUCCCCCCAUCUUGGGAGGACUACGAGCGUGUCCAAAUUGAAUUUGAUUGUUCUGGGGAGGCGAUGGUAUUCAACACUCACGGAGAUCCUUAUCACGGUCUUACCGGAGGAUCCGAUCAAGCUCGUCGAAUUGAGUUCAUUAUCCCUGCUGAAGACCGAAAAGCAGGUGUAGGGCAUUAUUACAUCGAGGCAAGCUGUAAUGAAAUGUUCGGUCAGAAUGGGAUGGACCCUCCAGACCCGAACAGAUACUAUCAGUUGGGAAUCGCCGAUCUCGUUGUCCCCAAUAUGGAAGCUUGGAGGUUAUUGUGGGAUUUCGACGCCAUACAUCAGCUCGUCAAUGAUCUCCCGGGUGACACACCUUUACGUAUGAAAGCGUUAUGGGUGGCUAAUGAGAUGAUGAAUGUGUUUCAAGUUGGGAAUGUGGACAGCAUCUCCAAAGCUAGGGAAGUGGGGAAGGUGGUACUAGGAGAGAAAUGGAUGGAAGAGAUCGAGCUGGAGAGCAAACAUGCGGAGAAGCAGGAAGGUGCGUUAUGGGGUGUGGGACAUUGUCACAUCGACUCAGCCUGGUUAUGGCCGUUCUCUGUGACUCAGCAGAAAGCCGCACGGUCAUGGUCGACACAAUGUGAUCUGAUCGAUCGAUACCCUGAACAUCGUUUCUCCGCUACUCAAGCUCAACAAUUCAAGUGGGUUGAGGAUCUUUACCCCUCCCUCUUUGCUCGUAUCAAGGAGAAGGUCUCGGCUGGACGCUUUCAGCCUCUCGGAGCGACCUGGGUCGAGAUGGAUACCAACAUGCCUUCUGGCGAGGCUCUUUGCAGACAAUUCCUCUACGGACAGCGAUACUACCAUUCUCGCUUCGGUUUCACCUCGGACACCUUCGUACUUCCCGAUACGUUCGGUUAUUCCUCUCAGCUGCCCCAAAUCGCUCGUUUGGCCGGCUGCAUCAAUUUCUUUACCCAAAAGCUGAGUUGGAACAGUACGAAUAACUUUCCUCAUUCCACAUUCAACUGGGUGGGCAUUGAUAGUUCUCAAAUCCUCACUCAUAUGACCCCUGUAAAUAAUUACAACUCUCAAUGUCACAUGUCGGAUAUCCGUCGUGGUAUGACUGGACAUAAAAACCUGGAAGUCACAUCCCAAGCGUUGCUCUUGUUCGGUAAUGGGGACGGUGGUGGUGGACCCACUCCACCUAUGCUGGAGAAACUCAGGAGGACCCGAGUGAUUGGUAAACGACAUGACGCUGGAGGCCAGAUCCCUCUUCUGAAAAUGGGAGGUUCUUUCUCCGAUUUCUUCAAGUCCGUCAGAGAAGAAACGAUCAACGGGACUAGAUUACCAAAUUGGCGUGGCGAGCUUUAUGCAGAGUUCCACCGCGGCACAUAUACGACCCAUGGUUCUAUCAAGAAAGGUAAUAGGAAGAGCGAGAUUCUGAUGCGUGAAGCGGAGUACGCAGCGACUAUGGCAAGUUUGGCAGAUAGAGAGUACGAAUAUCCUAAGGCGAAAUUGGACAAGGCGUGGGAAGAGCUUCUACUUUGUCAAUUUCAUGAUGUUUUACCUGGCAGUGGAAUCGCUAUGAUCUACGAAGAUGCCGAGAUCAAAUAUGCCGCAAUCCAGAAAUCGAUCACCGCUGUCCUCCACGAAGCUUAUGAAAUACUCUAUAAAGGUUCCAAGGAAUUGUCCUUUGACCAGAAGGAUGUUGUGUACAAUGUAUUCGCCGUCAAUAACUUACCAAACUACCCCCGACAAGCUGUCGUCGAAGUCCUCUUGAAAGACACUCCCUCACUCAAGGCCAUCUCUGCACAGGUGUCGAACGAUGGGAAAACCGGUUUGGUCUUGGUGGACGCCACCGAUACUGUGAACCCUUUGAUCGGUCUACCCAAGGGUCUUUACGCCAAUAUCACUCCAGUCAUCGCUAGAGAAGAGGCGGACAGUCUGUUUAUCUUGAGCAGUGGCGCCCUCGAGAUGAAACUCACAAAUGGACGCAUCACCAGCAUUUACGACAAACAGGCAGAUCGAGAGCUCAUUCCUGAGGGACAAUCGGCAGGAAUGGUCAUCAUGGAGGAUCAUCCAAACUUCUGGGAUGAGCUGACGUGUAGGGACGUCGAUCAAUUCCAUCUGGAGAAACAAAUCCAUCUCAAAUUCAACCAAGUCCAUAUAAUCUCUACCGGACCUCUGCGCGCUACUCUAGGCGCAUCCAUAGUCAUCGGUCAAUCUCACAUCUGCGUGGAGAUAUCCCUCGAUGCUAUCCCCGCUUCCCUUGCACCAUCUUCCCGGCCCAUGCUUCGAUUCUCUGCGAUAGUCGACUGGAGGGAGAAACAUCGAUUCCUCAAAUUCGAACUUCCACUGACCGUCACAUCCGAUAUGGCAUCAUACGAUACUCAAUUUGGUAUCCUUCAACGUCCCACUCACCGGAACACAUCAUGGGAUAACGCAAAGUUCGAAGUGUGCGGACACAAGUAUGCCGAUUUGUCAGAAUACGGAUAUGGUGUUGCAUUAUUGAACGAAAGCAAGUAUGGGUACGCAACAGAAGGAAAUGUGAUGAGAUUGAGUCUGCUAAGAGCUCCUACUCUUCCUGAUCCGGAAUGCGAUAUGGGAGUUCAUGAAUUCCAAUGGGCUGUUUUACCACAUUUGGGCACUUUGACGGAGAGUGAUGUGGCUCAGGUGGCUUAUGAUUUUAAUACUCCCAUGCGGUUACGACACACACCUAAACCCAUUCAUGACAUCGCCUCACAUGCGCUGGGCAAAGCAUCGCCUUUUUCAGUGGAACAUGCAAAGAACGUAAUGUUGGAGACUGUGAAACGAGGAGAGGAUGAUAUGGCCAGUGGGAAGACUACUAUCAUUCUCCGUUUGUUUGAGCAAUAUGGUGGACAUGCCAAAGCGACUCUUCGGAUCUCCGGUCUCUCGGUCUCCCGAGCAGACCUUACAGACAUACUCGAAACGCCUACAGAACCUUUAGACCUUGUUCCUGUCCACGUUGAAGGUAAAGACGAAGAAGUCUUGGUAACUCUUAAUUUCAGAGGGUUUGAGAUUAAGACUGUCAAAUUGACCAUUGGAAGUUCUAAACGUCUUUCUGUGGGAUCUUGGGUAGAUGUCUAGGAUUUUAGACGAUCCCAUAGCUGGGCAUCUGUCUGAAAUGUUGAUGAUGGACUUGUGAGAUGGAUGAGUUAGAGAAUGAAAGAGUUGGAAUGGUCGUGAUGACGUUUAGCAAAGAUAUCUGGGACAAUAUGAUAUUGAGGAGUGUAUGACAUUCCUGGUGAUUUUUUAUUUUCUGCGAAGAAGGAAACAUCACUCGAAUCAUAAGCAGAGAGACGGGUUGAACAAUUAUCAAAGAAGAGGAAGUACCGGUCAAAAUACCUUGCCGAGGUUGUAGAUAUUUGAAAUGUAUGUUGAAUAUCGAAAU